AUGGGGUCGGCGACGGGCACCUGCGAGAUCGCGCCCCUGCCGGAGGACCUCCUCUCGGCGGCGCUCGCCCUCACCACGCCGCGGGACGCCUGCCGCGCCGCUGCGGUCUCCCGCGCCUUCCGCGACGCCGCCGGAUCCGAUGCCGUGUGGUCCUGCUUCGUCCCCCGGGACCUCCUGCCGAUCGCUGCCGGGGAGCUUGCCGGCCCCGCGCCGCCGUCCAAGAAGGAGCGGUUCCUUCGCCUCUCCGACCGCCGUUGCCCCCUCUUACUCGCCGGUGGCCUCAGGAUACAGCCGGUUCCCAAAAAUCCUCUACUCGCCUAUGGACGCAAGAGCAUGUGGUUGGACAGGGGGAGCGGCGCCAAGUGCUACAUGCUGCUAGCGAGGGCCCUGCACAUCUGGUGGGGCGACACGCCGUGCUACUGGCGCUGGAUCAAUCUCCCCGACUCCAGGUUCGAAGUUGCUGUACUCCUGUCUGUUUGCUGGUUCGAAAUACGUGGCAAAAUACACAGCAAAAUGCUUUCUCGAGACACAGCUUACAUUGUGUUCAAGAUACCCGUUGGAUCCUAUGGGCUGGAUUAUCCACCCCAGAAGGCAUUAAUAGACACAGUUGCAGGAAAGAAAUAA